CCCAGGUCCGUGCACGUCAUACAAACGUUGAAACAUUUUCGUUUUAUAUAUGUAUGUAUGUAAAAUAAUCAGUUAUCGCCCCUUCCUCGUUAAUAUCUAUGAACUACACAAAAAACAAACACUAGACUAAGUAAAGAUCAAAGUUCGGACUGCUGUGAACAUUUGAUAAUCAAACAAACAGAAAUGGCUCACUUGACGGGAACUGGAUUAAUGUUUCUCAUCGUUUUUGUUUUUGAAGGUUAUGCUAACUUUAUGCAGAAUUCGGGAUUGUCUGACGAUUGUGAUUUCUAUGAUACCGUAGAGGCACAUAGAAAUAUGCGAUGCGGAAUGCACGGUUAUCCUAUAGAUUUUGGGAAACGUCUUUGCAGAGAAUUGACGUUGAAAAAACAAGGGGUCGCACUAACUUCCAGGGGCGAGGAGUGGGCUGAAUCUGUGGUCCAAUGUAUGAGACAGAACCUGAACUCGAUUCUUGAUAACUCUAAUUGGGAGAUCUUACCCCAGAAAAACUUGACCACGCAUCGUGUUAUCACGCUAGCGGCAAUCUAUGUAGUGUUAGGCAAUGCCCAUUGAAUCGGUUUACAAUAGCUACCCUACCAUGGACACGGAGUUCAGUUUGGAACGAAAGUUACGCCGCUUUGACUGAAGCAAAUGCGAGAUGCCCGACUAAACUGUAUGAGACUCGACGAGUUGGUGGAACAGUUAUAAGAUUUGUCCCCCAUACAGGUAAUAUUGUCUGUUGAUGAUAGCACGAGAAGGACCACGUUGGCAAACGAUGCGACUAUUGUAUGAUCUGACGGAAUAACUCACAAUUACAGAUCGGAAUGUUGGACAAUUUUAUAUAUGCGAAAUCGAGAGAACUAUUUGAUAUAAUGGCUAACGACAUUACAUGUGUCAAUAUGUUGAUAUGUAUAUAUGUACAUAUUGUUAUUAAAGUAAAUUGGAACACAUGACACGAUUAAAUAUAAUAAAGAGAAAGUAAAAAGAUCGGCAUUACUCUUACUAUAUCACAACUAAUUGUAAUGACAAAAUAUAGU